UCACCUGCGGCAGGUGCUCCAGGCGGACCUGGACGAGCGCGGACGGGCACGGCGCCGGGCACUGCGGGGAAGAUGCUGCACGAGCGGACGGUGCGGCUGCAGCACGGGAGCCGCGUGGAGGCGGUGUACGUGCUGGGCACCUACCUCUGGACCGAUGUCUACAGCGCAGCCCCAGCCGGGGCCCAGACCUUCAGCCUGAAGCACUCGGCGCGCGUGCGGGUAGAGGUGGUGCGGGACGGGCAGGCCGAGGAGGUGGUCUCCAAUGGCAAGCAGCGCUGGCCCCUCUCACCCACCACCACGCUGCGGCUCACCAUGAGCCAGGCGAGCUCCGAGGCCAGCAGUGACAAGGUCACCGUCAACUAUUAUGAAGAGGAGGAGAACACCCCCGUCGACCAGGCUGGGCUCUUCCUCACGGCCGUCGAGAUCUCCCUGGAUGUGGAUGCGGACCGGGACGGCGUGGUAGAGAAGAACAACCCAAAAAAGGCAUCCUGGACCUGGGGCCCCGAGGGCCAGGGGGCCAUCCUACUGGUGAACUGUGACCGAGACACGCCCUGGUUGCCCAAGGAGGACUUCAAGGAUGAGAAGGUCUACAGCAAGGAAGACCUCAAGGACAUGUCCCAGAUGAUCCUGCGGACCAAAGGCCCAGAGCACCUCCCCGCCGGAUACGAGAUAGUUCUCUACAUUUCCAUGUCGGACUCGGACAAAGUGGGCGUGUUCUAUGUGCAGAACCCGUAUUUCGGCCAGCGUUACAUCCACAUCCUGGGCCGGCAGAAGCUUUACCACGUGGUCAAGUACACGGGCGGCUCUGCGGAGCUGCUGUUCUUCGUGGAAGGCCUGCGUUUUCCUGACGAGGGCUUCUCAGGCCUGGUCCACAUCCACGUCAGCCUGCUGGAGUAUAUGGCCGAGGGGAUUCCCCUGACACCCAUCUUCACAGACACCGUGCUAUUCCGGAUUGCUCCGUGGAUCAUGACGCCCAACAUCCUGCCUCCCGUGUCGGUGUUUGUGUGCUGCAUGAAGGACAAUUACCUGUUCCUGAAAGAGGUGAAGAACCUGGUGGAGAAAACCAACUGCGAGCUGAAGGUCUGCUUCCAGUACAUGAACCGAGGCGACCGCUGGAUCCAGGAUGAAAUCGAGUUUGGCUACAUCGAGGCUCCCCACAAAGGCUUCCCCGUGGUGCUGGACUCUCCCCGAGACGGCAACCUGAAGGACUUCCCAGUGAAGCAGCUCCUGGGCCCAGAUUUUGGCUACGUGACCCGGGAACCCCUCUAUGAGACUGUCACCAGCCUCGAUUCCUUUGGAAACCUGGAGGUCAGUCCCCCAGUGACUGUGAACGGCAAGAAAUACCCCCUGGGCCGGAUCCUCAUCGGGAGCAGCUUUCCUCUGUCUGGCGGCCGGAGGAUGACCAGGGUGGUGCGGGACUUCCUGCAGGCCCAGCAGGUGCAGGCGCCCGUGGAGCUCUACUCGGACUGGCUGACCGUGGGCCACGUGGACGAGUUCAUGACCUUCGUCCCUGUCCCAGACACAAAGAAGUUCCUGAUGCUCAUGGCCAGCACCUCGGCCUGCUACAAGCUCUUCCGAGAGAAGCAGAGGGAGGGCUAUGGGGAGUCCAUCAUGUUCAAAGUGCCAGGCGCUUCUUGGGGACCAAGUGUAUCCUUUAUAUGGCACCAGACCCAGAGGAGAGUUGAAUGGUCAAAACCGACAUGCGGCUUGGGCGGGAUGAGCAGCAAGCGAAUCACCAUCAACAAGAUUCUGUCCAGUGAGAGCCUCGUGCAGGAGAACCAGUACUUCCAGCGCUGCCUGGACUGGAACCGUGACAUCCUCAAGAAGGAGCUGGGACUGACGGAGCAGGACAUCAUUGAUCUGCCCGCUCUGUUCAAGAUGGAUGAGAACCGCCAGGCCAGAGCCUUCUUCCCGAACAUGGUGAACAUGAUUGUGCUCGACAAGGACCUGGGCAUCCCCAAGCCGUUCGGGCCCCAAGUGGAGGAGGAGUGCUGCCUGGAGACGCAUGUCCGCUCCCUGCUGGAGCCCCUGGGCUUCUGCUGCACCUUCGUGGAUGACAUUUCCGCCUACCACAAGUUCCUGGGGGAGGUGCACUGUGGCACCAAUGUCCACAGGAAGCCCUUCGCCUUCAAGUGGUGGCACAUGGUGCCCUGAGCUGCAGGGGGCCGUGGCGCUUCCCUCCUUCCCUGCGUUCUCCAGACCCUCAUGCCCCCAGAGCUUCCCCUGCCCGACGUGGACUGGGUGGCCCCGCCCAAAACCUCCAGGAAGUGGGGAGGGAUUUGAGAUAUCUGUGCCUUGCCCUCCCUCAGAAGGGCCUCAGCAUCCACUGAAGUCCCCCGCCCUGUGAGCCUCAACUCUGCCCUUCCUGAAAAUAGCCGGGCAUUUGGCCAGUGUCUGUGUAGCCCUGACGUGAAAUACAAAACACAACAAAAAGCCAUGUACCCAAACCAUUCUGCAAAGAAUCCUUAGUCUCUUGUCCAAAAUUGAAUGAGGGGAGAAGGGAAGGAGGUUCUGGGGUCACCGGUUCUCCCGGGAGCCGUGCCCUGAAGGUGGAUGGUGCACAAAGGGACCCUGAGACCCCGGACGUGCCUUGAACUGCCAUCAUCAUUUCAAGUUCACCUCCCUUGGGGUGUCCAGGUGGCCCCCCCAUUAUUCAUUCCUUACCAGCCUGUCUCAAAUCCCUUGGCUUUCUCUCUGCAGUGUAGACACCAUUGGCUAGCCUCCCCGCUCCCUGAGGGUCCAAUAACUUAGCUUAGAACCUUCCCUGGAAGCAGAUUUCAUCAGAGCGGCCUUCUCCAUUUUCCAGAUGCUCCUUCUGCCUCAUCUUGCUCACGGACACAGGCUCUCCCAGAUGCUUGGGGGUUUCUCCCCAGACCAGCAUCCUUGUGGCCUGAGAGUUCUGUGUGUAAAGAUGCCCCGGGGUCAGCCAUCUCCACCUUCUCUUGCCUGGUUCUCCAUUCUCUGGCCAGCCCCUGACCUCCCUCCUCUCAUGGCCUCUAUUUCCCAUUCCUGAUGCCAUCUCUCCAGGCAGCUAGACAAGGACUUCUUCACCACCAGACAGGCUCAGACCUUCCCCCAGGAUAUAAUUAAAGACCCACCCCUCCUCCCCAGACAUCAGACCCGACAUGUAAGGACGCUGGCCUAGCCACCAGCCCGAACAGCCAGUUCUGGGACAGCUGCUGGCCUUAGAGACAGAUCAAUUAUCCCACUGAAGUUUGGCAUUUGCUGUAGACCCUCUCACUUGGACAUAACCAGAUUAAUUCCUUGGCUCCAACCGAAAAGACUCAGUUUCAACUAAAAAAACUUCCUUUAGGGCCAGCUGAUGUCAGGAGAAUAAGUAAAUCGUAAUUGCACUUUGAAGGUUAAAAAAGAACUGAUGAAAAGGUUACAAAUUUGUAUUCUUGGGGGGCCGGGAUUUUCUUCUUGGAUUAUUUCGUUCACUCAUUCAGCAAACGUGUUAUGUGCCUACUAAGUGCCAGGCACAGUGUUGGGCUCCAAGGAUACAGUGGUUAGUAGUAAACCGGGCCUGGUCCCUGCCUCAUGGAGCCAGUCAGAUCCCAAAAUGCACCCCCACACAUUUAAAUGGCCAGCAUCUACCCUCUCAGUGACGUGCUCUUUAGAAACGCCAGUCCGCUAUAUUCAGGAAAGGCCCAGGGCACAGGGCUUCCUUCAGGUCACUGUCUCAAUGAAGUGGGAGGGAGGUCUUCUUUAAACAGGCCUCCCUCGCAUCCAGCUGGGCCAGGGCCACCAGAAUAUCAGACCCCAGAGCCUUCAGAAGCUGUUGUCCCCCCUGUGGGGACAGUGGCCCUUGCCUUUGGGGGCCAAAGUCCCAGAUCUUCUCUCCAACCCCAGAGCUGGACACCAAGUGCAUAUCUGAGGGUGUUUAUCUGGAGACUUCAAGUUUGUCAUGUGUGUGUGUUUGGUUAAUGUGGGUUUUUGGGCUUGCUUUCAGUUUUCUCAGUUUUUUCUAGUCUGCUUUAAGGGGAAGUGAGUGCCUCCCAUGUAGAGACAGUGUGUGUUUAUAGAUUUUUCUAAGGCUCUCCCCAUCAAUAAGGCAGUCAUUUGAUGACUGCCCCCAGGUAUGAUGAUUCUGGAGCCCCCAGGACUCAGACUCCUGUUCCUAUCCUGCUUGCCCACCGGUGUGACUACCCUCAGUGGGCACACCCCCCACCCAUGGACUCAUUGCUCUCCCCAUCCCCGACCUUCUAUAAAUAUAGACCUAGAAUACACUUCUGUGUUGCAAAACUCAGCUAAGUUCCUGUUUCAAUCUUUAUUUUGAAAU